GGUUGCGACGAGACCUGAAGAGUUAGUGUCAAGAUGGUUACGAAGGUCUUAACACUGGUGAUUCUCGCUCUCGCGUCCAGUCCGGUGGUUUCAGUAGGAGAACAGCAGGAGCAGAAACUGACAGAUGUUCCUUUAGAGGAUGUGAAACUUGGGAGUCAAAGGGCAGAGGACGAUGUUCCGACUACCUGCUGGCACGCAGGCUCCAGCACUUUGGGCGUGUGCAAGAGAAUCCAGGAGUGUUACCCCUUAUUUCCGGCUGCCAGAGCUCUCACCCGAGGACUCCUGGCUCUAUGGGCUCAGUGAUUCCUGUCCUAUUAGUACCGAUGAAGGAAUGGUGUUCGGCGUCUGCUGCGAGCGCGCGGAGGCCUCCCUGGGGAACUCCCCCGGCGCCGCCCGGCAGGAGCUCCCCCCGAGCGAGGCGCUGAAGGAUGCGUCGGUGGUGAAGUACAUGGUGGUGGGGAGCGAGGAGAGUGGCCCGGGGCUCAUGGACCGCAGCCACGUGCAGUUCAUCCCGCCCCACGCGCGCCCCAUCGCCGCCUCCCGCCGCCCCACCGUCAGGUACCCCAACUACCCGACCUUCCCCACCCACCCGCCCAUCAUCACCCACCCGCCCUCGCACACCAACCAGCCCUGGUGGACCACGCGCCCGUCCGGCUCCACGCCCGCGCCGCCCACCACGACCAGCCCCUGGUGGCCGCCCCAGACCACCACCCGACGCCCCACGACCGCCAACCCCUGGGACCAGUGGACGACCACCACGACCGCCAACCCCUGGGACCAGUGGACGACCUCGAGCACGACCACCACGCCUCGCUCGACGACCUGGUGGCAGCCUCCCUCGACCUCCACCACCACGCCCGCGCCUUCUCCCCCAGGAGCGCCCGCGGCCUCAGGACCCGAACCGGACGCCUGUGUAGCCGGCUCCUUCUACUCGGCCGAUUCGGAUGACGACGGCGCCUUCCGGAUCAGCGGGGGGCAGCCGGCCUCGAAACACAGCUACCCUUGGAUCGCCAUUCUGUUCAACGGCGGGAAGCCCUUCUGCGGCGGAUCGCUCAUCGACCGAACGCACAUACUGACAGCUGCCCAUUGCAUUGCUCACAUGAGCCAGUUCGACAUCUCCAAUCUCCGCGUCCGCCUGGGUGCGCACAACAUCAUGACCAGGGAAACCACAGCGCAGGAUUUCAAGAUAACUCGAGUCGUCAGACAUAAGGACUAUAAUUCCCUGAAACUCUACAAUGACGUCGCUAUGCUAACUCUGGAACGACCCGCUGUCUACACGGCACAAGUACGCCCCGUGUGUUUGGACAAGAGUCAGGAGCGAUAUGCUGGUGAAAUGGUGACCGUCGCAGGCUGGGGCAGCAUGUAUGAAGGCGGCCCGCAAUCCCCAUCAUUGUACCAAGUGCGCCUGCGCGUGUGGAGCAACGAGGACUGCGCACGUAAAUACGGACGAGCUGCGCCUGGCGGGAUUGUCGACUCCUACCUGUGCGCGGGACAGGAUGGGAAGGAUUCUUGCCAGGGCGACAGCGGCGGGCCUUUGGUCAAGUACAUAGACGGCGUCUGGACUCAAGUCGGGCUGGUGUCUUGGGGCAUCGGGUGCGGUAAGGGUCAUUACCCGGGCGUUUACUCCAGAAUCUCGUCCUUCUUGCCGUGGAUCAACCGUGUCCGAGCCGCAUACCGAUAAAGAGAAAGGUUUUUGCCCCGAGAAACACAAGCUGGGAGGAAGAGGACGGUGAUGUCGCAGAUUGGAUGGUUGUAAUUUCUUCUUCUUCAGGAACGUGUAUAUAUGUAUAGGUAUAUACAAGCACUAGAUAAUUGGCAUUAGGAUUUUCACUUUAUUUUCUUUUCUUCAUGGGGAUUCCAUAAUUUGUAAAGAGGAUAUAAACAGCAUUAUCUAUGCUAGCGUUUUAUGGGCAGCGUAAUUAUCUUCGAAAGAGGUUAUGGCGAUGGGUAUUUGGGUUCGAAUGAGAAAGGUGAGUCUCAUGAAUACGUAUUACUCAUUGAGUGAUUCGGUCUUAUUCUAACCCAAGUUAACAUCACUCGUGCCUGUCUCUCUGUCUGUUACUAUCUGCCUUGUCGUGUCCCUUUGUUUCUGUUUCUGUCUCAGUUUGCAUUUUUUUUUCUCCCUCUUUCUCCUCUGUAUCUCUCACUUUCUCUCCCUCCUUUUA